AUGGUUGGUCUUUAUGGAAAUGUGAUAAUAACAUUAAACACUGCAAUUAACAGUGAUCAUCCGACUGUCGAGCAACAAAUGAUCGAGAAAACACUUCCAUCCCGAGCAUCAUUCUCCGAUUGGUUUGUAAGUGCGGUUCAGAGAGUCCCAAGUAUGAAAGUUGUGUCAAAAACGUUCCAGUUCAAAGAGAAGAACUCGCUGUCAAUUCCUCAAACAACUGGCCUUUCUGCUCGUCCGAGCCGGUCAUCAUUCUCCUCGUUUUUCUCAACGCCACGUGGAUCUUUCGAUGUGACGAUGCUCCUUCGAAGCACUAAUCAAGAAAAGAUACUGAUUGCUAAGAAGAAGGUCACUCGGAUGUUGAUAACAUUGGUGAUUGUAUUUGCCUUCUGCUGGGUACCAUCCUAUAUGUACUGGCUACUGUUGCGGAUGGCUGAUCUAGCGGCCACCUCUCUCUGGAAUCCAGGACUCAACUCCUCGCUCACUAUUCUAACCUAUGUCAGACUCAUUGGCUAA